AUGGAAAAGAGGGGUCUUCCCAGGAGAAUCAGGGACGACGAAGACGACGAAGACGACGAAGACGACCUCAAGAAGGGUCUCCGCAUGGACGACGACGACCUGCUCUCCCUCGCCCUCCACAUGUCCGCACAGGAGGCCGAGAACAAGGAGUACAGGCGUCAGGUCGCCGCCUUACUCGCGCGAGAGCCCGCUGGGGCCGGCGACGUCCCCGGAGCGGAGGGCGGCUGGCAGGAGGAGGCAGAGGGGCGUCCGGGGAAGGAGGAAGCUUACUGCCAUGAGGAACUUGAAGGUCUUGAUGGGAAAAAGCUCCGCCUUGAGAAGGAGGAGGCUGAAGGAGAGGAAAACAUGCUUCUGGUUGGAGGAGGAAGAAGAACUGCAACUGGCCAUGGCUAUGUCACUAUCUCUCCAGACAAGCGAGUAAGAGGCAGCAGAUUAUUAUGAUACAGAGUAAACGCGCUGCAGCAUCAUGAAGAAGAAUUGAAGCCU